CGAAGCAUCUCUGACCAUCUACUUGGCAAAGACCUGCAGGCCAUGAGGACCGGUCAACCACAGAACAAAGGCAUGAGGACUCGACUGGGGUGCCUGUCACACAAAUCAGACUCCUGCAGUGACUUCACGGCCAUCCUUCCUGACAAACCCAACCGUGCUCUCAAGAGACUCUCCACAGAAGAGGCAACGAGGUGGGCAGACUCCUUUGAUGUGCUUCUCUCUCAUAAGUAUGGGGUGGCAGCCUUCCGUGCCUUCCUGAAGACCGAGUUCAGCGAGGAGAACCUGGAGUUCUGGCUGGCUUGUGAGGAGUUCAAGAAGACCAGGUCGACUGCAAAGCUAGUCACCAAGGCCCACAGGAUCUUUGAGGAGUUUGUGGAUGUGCAGGCUCCACGGGAGGUGAACAUCGAUUUCCAGACCCGAGAGGCCACGAGGAAGAACAUGCAAGAGCCAUCCCUGACUUGUUUUGAUCAAGCUCAGGGAAAAGUCCACAGCCUCAUGGAGAAAGACUCUUAUCCUCGGUUCCUGAGGUCCAAAAUGUACUUAGAUCUGCUGUCCCAAAGCCAGAGGAGGCUCAGCUAG